CCCAAAUCCUCGAGCCUCACCUAGUCACCUUAGCCUUCACCGCUUCACACCCAGCGUGUAUAUAUAUAUAUGAUGCCAUAUACAAACAUACUUUACACUGCUGCUCCGCGUUUUCGAGAAAAUCUCAUUCUCACUUUCACUCAUCACCUUUCUUCUUACUCGACAGUCGGUGUUCUUUUUCUUUGUUUACAUCAGAUUCCAAACUCCUAGGCGACUUUUUUUUUUUGGUUUAGAAAUAAAGAAAGAAAGAAAGAAAGAGAGAAAGAAAACUCACACUUUUCCCCUUUAUUUUGAAAUGUUAAUUGUGGUUUUGGUUCGAACCUUAGAUGUGCUUGAAGAGCUUCAUUUUUUAUUUUCCAUGUUGACGGUUCCGUUACGUUCAUCAAUCGUGGCUCGAUAUUCCCCGGGCUGUGUCGCUAAGCGUCGACAAGAUUCCGGUGGCGGUUGCGCUCCACCGGCUCCGUUUCUCCGACAUUAUGUCUAUUCCGAUGCCGUCGCCGGCGAACUGCAGCACGAGAUUCUCCAAGGAGCUCAAACCGCACGGCACAGAACAAGCGUCUUCUCCUGCUUCCAUGAGAGCUUUCAACCGAAGCAGCAACGCCGGUUCCGGCGACGGCAAUACCACCGUGUCUCCGACCUCUGUGAUCGCCUUCGAAGACGGCGCCGGUCGGAGCAACGACGCGGGCGAGUUCAGCAGCGAGGAACACUCGCACGAGUUGAGAAACUUGCAUGGCGUGAAGGAGAGUUCAGAUUUCAACGAUUCAAAUUGGGCGUUCACCGAUUCCUUAUUGAGUUUGGAUUUCGAAUCGUCUAGUCAAUCAUCUGCAAAGAACGCAGAUUUUAACGACGAACGUGAAUAUGCGUGUGAUGUUAAACGUGCACCUAUUCAUACUUUCACUGUUAAUAAUGAUGAUGUUGAUGGUGAUGGUAAUCGUAAUGAAGCUUUGGUCGAUGAAUGUGAACCGGUUAAGCCGGCUCCUGUGACUAAAGGAAACAAAGGUUUGUGCUACCGGUGUUUCAAGGGUAGCAGGUUCACGGAGAAAGAGGUGUGUCUGGUUUGUUCUGCAAAGUAUUGUGGGAAUUGCGUGCUUGAUGCUAUGGGUUCAAUGCCUGAAGGAAGAAAGUGUGUUGAUUGUAUUGGGUAUCCAAUUGAUGAGUCUAAAAGAGAGAGUUUAGGGAAGUGCUCUAGGAUUUUCAGGAGGUUGCUUAAUGAGUUGGAGGUUCGGCAGAUAAUGAAGGCUGAGAGGUUUUGUGAGGUGAAUCAACUUCCUCCGGAGUAUAUUUGUGUCAAUGGGAGGCCACUUUCGUUUGAGGAACUGGUUACGUUGCAGAACUGCGCUGCUCCUCCGAAGAAGCUUAAGCCGGGGAGUUAUUGGUAUGAUAAAGUUUCUGGUCUUUGGGGAGAGGAAGGACGGAAGCCUUGCAGAAUUAUCAGUCCCCAUCUGAAUGUUGGGGGUCCAAUCAAGCCGGAUGCUAGCAAUGGGAACACGCAGGUUUACAUCAAUGGCAGGGAAAUAACAACAGUCGAGCUCCGAAUGUUGCAGUUGGCAGGAGUUCAAUGCGCUGGUAACCCACAUUUUUGGGUUAAUGAGGAUGGUUCAUACCAAGAAGAGGGACAGAAAAAUAUAAGAGGGAAUAUAUGGGGAAAGUCUGGAACGAAGCUUGUAUGUGCUUUACUGUCCCUGCCAGUUCCUUCUAAAUGUUCAAUUUUGUGUGGGGAACGAACCUCCAGUCCAGUUAGCAAAAGAGUUCCUGAUUACCUUGAGCAUGGAAUAGUUCAUAAGCUCCUCUUAGUUGGCUAUGGUGGAUCUGGAACAAGUACUAUUUUUAAGCAGGCCAAGAUACUUUACAAAGACAUCCCUUUCUCAAAAGAAGAACGUGAAAGUAUAAAGUUGACCAUUCAAACGAACGUAUAUUCCUAUAUUGGCUUACUACUUGAAGGUCGUGAGCGUUUUGAGGAAGAAAGUCUGUGGAAUAUGAAGAAAAGACAAUCUGAUGUACUUGAUUCUUCUACAGGAGUCAGUUCAAACAACAAGACAAUCUAUUCCAUUGGCACAAGGCUAAAAGCUUUCUCUGAUUGGCUGCUGAGAACUAUGGCUUCGGGCAAACUUGAUGCCAUCUUUCCUGCGGCUACUCGUGAAUAUGCACCAUUGAUUGAGGAGAUGUGGAGUAGUGCAGCCAUUAAGGCUACCUACAAAAGAAGAAGAGAAAUAGAAAUGCUACCAAGUGUUGCUAGUUAUUUCUUAGAGCGGGUUGUUGAGAUAUUGAGGGCUGAUUAUGAGCCAUCAGAUUUAGAUAUUCUCUAUGCUGAAGGAGUUACUUCAUCCAAUGGACUGGCUUGUGUGGAGUUCUCAUUUCCCCCAUCAGCUCCUGAGGAAACUGUUGAUACCAUCGGUUUACAUGAUUCUUUUGCUAGGUAUCAACUAAUUACAGCGCAUGCAAGAGGAAUAGGAGAAAAUUGCAAGUGGCUAGAGAUGUUAGAGGAUGUUGGCAUGGUCGUCUUCUCUGUUGCCUUGAGUGACUACGAUCAAUUUUCUGCCGAAGGAAAUGGUUGCAUCACUAACAAGAUGUUAUCAAGCAGGAAGCUUUUUGAAACCAUUGUUACUCAUCCAACUUUUGAGAAAAUGGACUUCCUGCUGAUACUAAACAAACUAGAUCAGUUUGAGGAGAAAAUAAAACAAGUUCCACUGACUCGGUGCGAAUGGUUCGCUGAUUUUCACCCUGUAAUUAGCCGUCAAUGUUCCGGCAACAACAAAAACAGCAUUAACAAUAACUCUUCUCUUGCUCAGCUAGCGUCCCAUCACAUAGCAGUUAAGUUCAAGAGGCUUUAUUCAUCUAUUACAGGUAGAAAGUUGUAUGUGUCUCUGGUGAAAGGCUUGGAGCCAGAUAGUGUCGAUGCAGCACUUAAAUAUGCUAGAGAGAUUGUAAAAUGGAAUCAAGAGAGACUAAACUUUAGUUUAAGUGAUAACUCUAUGUAUAGCACUGAGGACAGUUCAUUCUCUUUCACUGAAUGUUAGUUCAGUUCAUGGUGGUUAGUCCAUACUCGAUACAUAACUCAUGUAUGACUUGCAUUCUGUCUGUACAUAUAAUGUUUACAUUCCUUCUACAGGCUACUGAGUUGUAAUAUACACUAGAUAUCUGUUAGAGUAUAUGUUGUGUUAAAACAUGCCACCACAUAUCAAGGUGUAGUGUUCUAAUUCAUUUUUACAUGAUAUAUAAAUAUGUA